AUGGAUGAACAUAAAUAUAUUUUAGAAAAUUUUGAAAAAAAUGAUAUAUGUAAGGAAGAAAAGAAAGAAGACCCAAAUGCAUCAUUAGGAUGCCCAAAAAAAGAAAAAGAGGAAAACAGUUUAGUAGAUGAUAAAAUAAAUAAUGAAAAAAGCAAUCUUAAUAAUAUAAUAAAAACAAUAGAUGUAAAAAAUGACAAGGAAUUAAAGGAUAUUACACUCCAAAGAAUUAAUCACAAUAUUGUGACAACCAAUAAGGAUCAUUUAAUAAAUGAAGAGAAAAAAAAUGUAGGUGAAAAUAUAAAUGAUAAUAAAAAUAAACCUAUAGAUGAUAAUGAUAAUAAUAAUAAUAAUAUAUUGAAUGAUAAUAAUAAUAAUAAUAAUAAUAAUAAUACUUUGAAUGAACAUAACAAAACAAAUGGAGAUAUUAAAAACAACAAAUUUAAUAAUGUUUUUAUAAAUCCUUGCAAUGUUUAUCCUUAUAUGAAUGCUGUAAAUAGAACAAAUAGAAUUUAUAAGUAUGUAGAAAAAAUGAUACGACAAAAAAAACAUUUUAUGAUUAAAUAUAAAAAUUAUUAUAUUCAUUAUAUAGAAAAAGAUAUGGAUUUAAAAGAAAUAAAAAAAAAAUAUGAACAGAAUUAUCAGUUCACCAAGACAUAUAUUUGUAUUGAUGAAUUAUUAAAAAUUAAAAAGGAUACAAUAUUAUUUGUUAAGAAAAAUAUAGAAUUAAAUUAUAGAAAUACAAAUUUGCUUGAAAAUAAUAAAAUGAUUGAACCAAACAACAAUCUAAAUUGUAAGGAUAAAGAAAAUAUAAAUUCUGUAGAUAUAAGAAAUAUAAAUAAAAACGAUGAUAAUAAUUAUUUAGAUAUGUAUGAUAUAAAUAUGAAAGAAAUGAAUUCCAACUUAGGUUUCAAUUAUAUAUAUUAUUAUAUGAAUAGUAAUGAUAUUUUUAGUAAAAAUAUCUAUAAAAUAUAUAUAAUGCCAAGUGAAGAAAAUUAUAAACAUUAUAUGAAUAAUGAUAUGGAUGAACAGACGUGUAUAUAUAAUACAUGUAUUAAUAAUGUGGACCCUAAAAAUAAUUAUAAUAAUAUGAAUAAUAUAAAUAUGUAUAGACCAAAUAAUACAUAUAAUAAUGAUAAUAUGUAUAGAUCAAAUAAUACAUAUAAUAAUGAUAAUUUGUUUUCUUCUCGUUUUGAUGAGACUACUAAGAUAAUAUCAAAGCAUUCCAUCAUAAAAGGAAAUAAAAAAAUUACACACGGUUCUUUUAAAAAUGUAAGAAUAAUAAAUAUGAAACGUAACAAUACAUCACAUGUUACAUGUAAGAACUACAUGAGGAAGGGUAAAAAUUAUUAUGAAAGAAAAAAGAUAAAAAAUAUGAAUUUAAAAUAUAACAUACUUAAAAUAAAUCGGUAUAUCCUUUUUUGUAACAAUAUUUAUAAAAAUGCAAAAAUAAAAUAUAUACAUCAAAAUGUGGUUGAUAAAAUAUUAUCAAAUAGUAAUAUAGUGGAUCAUAAUAAAAUAAAUGCAUUUAUAAGAACAGAACAAAAUAGCAACAACAAUAAUAAUAAUAAUAGUAAUAAUAUUAAAGAGAAUGAUAAUCAUAAUAGUAAUAAUAAUAUAGAGAAAGAUAAUCAUUAUAGUAAUAAUAAUAUAGAGAAAGAUAAUCAUAAUAGUAAUAAUAAUAUAGAGAAAGAUAAUCAUAAUAGUAAUAAUAUUAAAGAGAAUAAAAAAAAUAUAUUUUUUAUCAACAAAACUUAUAAACGUUUUAUAGAUAAUUAUAAAAAUAUAUCUUUUAAGUUUAAAAAUUUAAUGAAAAAACAUUUUGAUGCUAAAUAUGAUUAUAUAUUUAAGAAAUUAUCUUAUUAUAUUACAUUAAAAAAAGAGAUAGAUUUAUAUAAAAUGGAUAUGUAUGAUAUGAAUAUUCUAGAGAUAUUAAAUAAGAAUCUAGAUAUACAUAAGAAAGAAAAUAAACUAAUUCAAAAUCUAAAUUCUACAAUUAAUCAUGAAGAAAUAGAAAAAAUAAAAAGACAACUUUUUCUUUUAGAAUAUUCAAAAAUUCAAAGUAGAGUAGAUAAAUCAUUAUAUGAAUUGGACAAAAAUAAAUAUAUAUUUUUAAAUCAACAAAAAAAAAAAAAAACAACAAAAAAAAAAACAAAAUCAAAAACAAUACAAAAUGAUAAUAUUUCAAAAUUGGAAAUAUUAAUAAAUGAGUCAAUAAAAAUUGAACAACACAUAGAUGUCGAAAAAAAUAUAAACACAAAAAAAUGCACUCAUUAUGAAAUAGACAAUUCAAAGUUUAUAUAUUCAAAAAUUGAACUCAUGAGGAAUCAUCUAGAAAUAUUGAAAUGUAGAAUAAGCAUCGAACAAAUAGAAAUUGAAAUGGAGAAAAAAAAAAUUAAGCAAGAAAUUUUAUUUAUGGAUCGACAGAAAGAAAUAAGGAAACAGGAAAGUAUAUUUAUUGAGGAGGAAAAAAAUAAAAUUAAAGAGGAAAAAAUAUCUAUUGAGGAGGAGAAAAAUAAAAUUAAAGAGGAAAAAUUAUCUAUUGAGGAGAAAAAUAAAAUUAAAGAGGAAAAAGUAUCUAUUGAGAAUGAAAAAAAUAAAAUUAAAGAGGAAAAAGUAUCUAUUGAGAAUGAAAAAAAUAAAAUUAAAGAACAAAAUAUAUCUAUUGAGGAGGAGAAAAAAAAAUUCUUACAUAACAAAGAAGCUCUGACUUAUGAAAUAAAAAAAAGCAUAUUAAUUGAUAACUUAUCUGUAGAAGAUAAGGAAAAGUUUCUAAACAUUAAGAAUGAAAAAAUAAAAUUAGACAAAGAAAAAAUGAAUAUUAAAGAAGAAAGAGAAAAAAUAGAAAAGGAUAAAAUAGAUAUGCAAAAUGAAAAAGAAUCCUUUUUUAAAGAGAAAAAAGCAUAUGAACUAAAAAAAGAACAAUUAGAAUUAGAUAUGAUAAUAGUAGAUAUACAAAAGAAGAUGAUAAAAGAAAAUUUUGAAAAAAUUGAAAAUGAAAAAAGAGAUUUUAGAAUCGACAUAUUAAAACCUAUAGAAAGAUUAAAUAGAGGUAUAAAUUAUUUAUAUUAUAAAAAGGCACUAAAAAUAUACAAUAAAUAUGGAAAAAAAGAAAAUAUGAAAUAUAAUAUAUAUAGAAACAAACAUAAGCAUACAGAGGAAUGUAGCAAUUCCAAUAUGUAUGAUGGUUUAUUUUCAAAAUGUCAUUUCAAUGUAGAUAAAUCUAAUAAAGAAGACCAUUCGAAACAGGUGAUAACUAAUAAAUUUGAAAGAGAAUAUAUGGAAAAACAAAGAAAAGAAAUGGAACAGUUAAGUCAAAAAAUUAACAAAGAUAUAAUUAAAUUAAUGGAUGAUAAGGCAGAUAUUAAAUUGAAUCAAGAAGAAAAUGAAAGAGAUAAAAAAAUAAUUAAGACACUUAGAGAAGACGUAAACAAAGAUAGAAUCAAAUUAAAAACUGAUAUAUUGCAGCUAGGAAAAGAAAAAGAUAAAAAUGAUAUACAAAAAAAUAAAAUAGAUAUGGAAAAGAAAAAUAUAGAAGAAGAAAAAAAUAAAAUAGAAGAAGAAAAAAAUAAAAUAGAAGAAGAAAAAAAUAAAAUAGAAGAAGAAAAAAAUAAAAUAGAUGUAGAAAAAAAUAAAAUAAAUGUAGAAAAAAAUAAAGUAGAUGUAGAAAAAAAUAAAAUAAAUGUAGAAAAAAAUAAAAUAAAUGUAGAAAAAAAAAAUAUAGAAGCAGAAAAAAUUAUAAUUUAUAUGGAAAGGAAAAAAAUCGAAGAAGAAAAAAAUAUAACUUAUGUUCAAAAGAAAACUAUUGCUACACAUAAAAAGAAUGUAGAAAAUCAAAUAUAUAAGUUUCGAAGAUAUGAAACAUAUAUAGGUUAUUUAAGAGUGCGAACACAUAAUGAUAAAAAAGAAUUAGAUAUAAAAAUAAAAGCAUUUGAAAAAAAAAUUCAACAGUUCGAAUUUGAAAAGAAAUUAUUAUGUAUAAGUAAAAAAAAUCUAGAUAAUGUUAAAAGUACUUUUUCUGAUAACACAAAAAAAUUUUUUGAAGAAAAAUCUUUAUUUGAGAUUGAACAAAUAAAAGUCGAAAAAGAAAAAAAUAAUUUAAUAAAUGAGAAAAAACAAAUAUGUAUGGAUAAAGCUAAAUUAGAAAUACAAAAAAAAGAAUUGUCAUUAGAAAAAUCGAAUUUUGAAAAAAAGAAAAAUAAAAUAAUAAAUGAAAAGUUAACUUUAAAAAAUGAAAAAGUAAUAUUAUCUCAGGAAAUAAUAAAAUUAGAAAAUAGGAUGAAUAAAAUUGCCCAUGAUAAGUAUGAAGGUACUUUAUUUAAUGAGCACCAGAAAAGUGACGACAUGAAAAAGCAAAAAAUCAAAAUGGAUGGUUUAAAAGAUGCAAAUACAAAAAAUAAACAUACAAAAAAUGAAAAUAUAAAAAAUGAAAAUAUAAAAAAUGAAAAUAUAAAAAAUGAAAAUAUAAAAAAUGAAGAUAUAAAAAAUGAAAAUAUAAAAAAUGAAAAUAUAAAAAAUGAAUAUAUAAAAAAUGAAUAUAUAAAAAAUGAAGAUAUAAAAAAUGAUAAGGUAAAAAGCCAAAGUGAUAAUAUAAACAUAUGUUCAAAUAAAAAUUCCAAAGAAUAUAAUAUCUCAAAGGAUAAGAAUUCAAAUUAUGAUUAUAAAGAGAGAAAAAAAAUAAAUAUAAUAAGUCAAAGUAAUGACGAUAUAAAUAAUAGUACAGGUAUGCACAUGCACGAUAACUGUACUUUUUUUAAAAAUAAAAAAAAAAAAGUACAAGAAGAAAAAAAAAAUAUUUCAAAAGGAGAAAAUAUAAAUGAAAUUAUAAAAAUAAAUGAAAUAAUAAAUAUAAAUGAAAGUAUAAAUAUAAAUAAAAAUAUAAAUAUAAAUGAAAGUAUAAAUAUAAAUAAAAAUAUAAAUAUAAAUAAAAAUAUACAGAAUAAUAUAAAUACAAAUACAAAUAACAAUAACAAUAACAAUAACAAUAUUAAUGCAAUUAGAAACUUAAAUAUCAAUAUUAUCGCUGACCAUCUUACAUGCCCCAAUAAUAAAUUAAAUCAUGAAAAAAGGAGUACACUAAAAAAUAAAGGGGAUGAAAAUUAUGAAGCAUCAAAGGAAAGAAUAGAAAAAGAAGGAAAUUAUGAUAAUAAAAUAGAAAGAAAUAAUGAUAUAGAAGAAAUAAGAAAAAGUAUAAAUGAAGAAGAAGUUGAUAUUAUAAGAGUAAAAAAUUAUAGUGAUUAUGAAGAUAUAACUAAUUUUGAUAAUAUGGAUGAUUCAGAUGAUGAUAAUAUAAUUUAUAAUGAUAUUGAUUUGCAUACCAUUAUAAGGACAGAUAUAGAUAUACGUCCGAAUAUAAAAGAUACAAGGAAUAUAUUUUUUCCUAUGGAUAUUAAAAAAAUAUAUGGAAGCUUAUAUAAAGUAAAAAAAAAAAAAAAAAAAAAAUAUUUCAAAGUAGGACAUAAUAUAAAUAAUAAAUAUCAAAAUAAUAAAAUUCUUUUUAAUAACAAUUUACAUAAUCUUAUUAUUUUAUUUUAUGAAUUUUAUUUUUAUAAUCAAAUGGAUAAUUUUAAAGUAGAUAUAAAUUUUUAUCAAGUGCAUAAUAGUUUAAUUUGCGUUGUAGAUGAACUUUUUAAUUUGCAUAAUUUACAAGAAGAAAAAUAUUUAUCAAAGAAAGAAAAUAUAAAUAUUUGCGACAAUAAAGAAAUUAUUAAAGAGGAAAAAAUUAACAAAGAGGAAAAAAUGAAAAAAGAGGAAAAAAUUAACGAAGCGGAAAAAAUGAAAAAAACUGAAAAAAUGAAAAAAAAGGAAAAAAUGAAAAAAACGGAAAAAAUGAAGGAAGCAGAAAAAAUGAAGGAGGCAGAAAAAAUGAAGGAGGCAGAAAAAAUAAAGGAAGCAGAAAAAAUAAAGGAAGCAGAAAAAAUAAAGGAGGCAGAAAAAAUAAACGAAACAGAAAAAACAAAUGAGCAGGAGAAAGAUAAUGAAGAAACGAAGAAGAGAGAACAGGAGGAUGAACCAUUUGUUUUGGACUAUAAAUAUUUGAACGGAGAUAAAAAUUUAUUAUAUUUAAGUUUUAAUAAUAUGAUAAUGAAAUAUAGAUCCGUUGAAAUAAAUUUACAUUUUUAUAAUGAAAAAGGUGAAUGCAUGACUCCCGAAAUGAUCUCAUCCUUAACUACUCAAUCGGAUAUUACUAACAUGUUAAAUGACCAUACACAAAUUUAUCAAAUUAGUAAUGUGAAUACAGUUGAAAAAAAUCAGAUUAAUGACAAUAAAAAAAAUGUAGAAACGGAUCAUAAAGAUGCUGCUACUACAAAUGAGCAAAGAAACAAUGAGCUCUCGACGAAUGAAAAUAAAAAUGACAUUAUUAGUGGCACAAAUAAUAAUGACAUUAAUAAUGAUAAUAAUAAAAAAAAAAACAUGCUGCCUACUUUAAAAAAAAACAAAGAUAAUGAAAAAAUAAAAACAAAUGAUAUGAUCAACAACCAAUGUGAACAUGAAGAAGAACAAAAAAAUGAUAAUAAUAAAAAGAAAAAGAAAAAGAAAAGCCCAUCUCCAAAUAAAAAAUGUUCUCCUAAUCAAUUAAAAGAAAAUGAUAAUGAGAAAACAUCUCCUGAAAAAAAAGAUAUGGAUUAUAUUAAAGAAGAUAGAAAAUAUUGCUAUAAGAUAUUGUAUGAAGAACAACCAUACAAAGCUUUGCUUAUAAAAAGUAAUUUGGGCAUAAAUUCUUCGGAAGAAAUAGAAAAUGACCAAAAAAAGAAGCAAGACCAAAUAUCAGAUAAUUUAGAAGAAUUAAAAGAAGAAAAAAUAAAAAAACCUAUACAACAUAUACAAAACGUAGAACAUAUAGAUGAAGUAGAGAAAUAUCAAACUGGAGAAUAUUUAAAAGAUUCAUCAGAUAUGAUAAAAAAUAAUACUGCUAAUGAGAUAGAAAUGAAUAAUAUUGCUCAAUCAAUUAAUAAUAAUAAAAAUAAUAACAAUAAUAAUAAUUAUAAUUAUAAUUAUAAUAAUAAUUAUAAUAAUAAUUAUAAUAAUAAUUAUAAUUAUAAUAAUUAUAAAUUUAACAAAUCAAUUAACAAAAAGGAAUUUGAAAAAAAAAGAAAUGAUAUCAAAAAAGGAGAUAAAAUAGAAGAAAGAAAAGAUAUAAAAAGAGAAGUAAUAAUAAGAACACCCUAUAAUGAAAAUACAAUAUAUGAUUUAUUUGAACAACAAAAACCUUUAAAUAUUCCAAAAGAAAUAUUGAAUAUAACAUCUUUAUUACCAUCUCCUUUUUUAACAACUUAUAAUAUAAAACCUAUAGGUCAAGUUAAAUUUAAUUAUGGAUAUAAUAACACCAAACAAGGAUUAUAUAAUUAUUGUUAUUCAUAUUUAUUAAGGAUACAUGAAGGUUUUGAUGUUUUCCCUGUUGAAGGUUUUAAAUUUAGAUCUAUUAUUAUUGACGGAGCAAAUGUUUGUGCAAAAAUUAUUAACGAAAAAAGUUAUAAUUUUUUUGAUAAAAAUUUAACAACAGUAUAUGACUGCUCUUUAUUAAAUGAAGUCUAUUUAUAUUUUAAGAAAAAAAAUGUGCAAGACAUUGUUAUAGUUCUUAAUUCUCUUACAAAAAAAGGAAAUGAAUAUUUUCUCAGAAAUAAAAAACUAUUUAAUUAUUCAUGUCUGGAAAAUUUAAUUAAAAUGAAUGUUAUACUUAUUAGUAAUGAAAAAUAUUAUCAAUGCGAAAAACGGGGGGUUGUUAAACAGCGUACUUAUGACGAUGUAGUGAUAUUACAGCUAGCUGCCCAUAAAAAUGGAUGUGUUAUAUCCAAUGAUAAUUAUAAUGACCUCAAACACGACGAAUAUUACAAGGAUAUAAAACAUGUCAUUUCUUAUUAUGUCGUGAAACAUGGUUACGAUAAAAAUAAAGGAUUCCAUUUAGACGUCACAAAAAGACCUUUAAAAUAUGUAUUAAAUGCUUUAUUUCAAAAGGUUUAA